AUGGGCAAGAUCACCUUCUAUGAGGAGAGGAACUUCCAGGGUCGCUCCUAUGAGUACCAGAGCGACUGCUCUGACAUGACCCCCAACCUGAACAGGAGCCAGUCCUGCAGGGUGGAGAGCGGCUGCUUCAUGGUCUACGAUCGUCCCAACUACAUGGGGAACCAGUUUUUCCUGAGGAUAGGAGAGUACUCCGACAACAUGUCUUUUGGCAUGAGUGACUCUUUCCGAUCCUGCCGUCAAAUUCCACAGCACAGAGGAUCUUUCAGGAUAAAGAUCUACGAGAAGGAGAACUUCGGUGGUCAGAGUCAUGAGCUGAUGGAGGACAGCGACAACAUCAUGGAGCGUUACCGCAUGAACGAGUGCCAGUCCUGCAACGUGAUGGAGGGUCACUGGCUGAUGUACGAGCAGCCCCAGUUCAGAGGCAGGAUGAUGUACCUGAGGCCCGGAGAGUACAAGAGCAUGAGAGAAAUUGGAUUUAGCGGCAUGAAGCUCAACUCAGUCAAACGUAUAAUGGAUUCCUGUUAA